AUGACGCUGAGAUUAAGAUCGAUCCGAGAGCUUUUUGGUCUUGGCUUUUUCGUAGGGCUGGUCAGUACAAUCGGCCUCGCCACGAUCCAGCCUGGUGACAACGCGAAAAUGAUGAUUUUUGCUGGGCUGGGUGAUUUUGAUCUUGGCACGGUUCUCUCGCAAGCCGUGGCAGGUGGCCAGUUCACUGCACCAUGUACUCACCUAGCAUCCGCAACUGGCUUGUUGAUGACUUCACAACCUUUAGGUACGGCAGUAAUCACAUCGAUCUAUUCUGCCGUCGUGAAUCAAAAAGUAACCACAUACAUCCCCGACCACGCUAGAAAGGCAAUUGCUGCAGAGGGGCUCACUGCCGACUCACCGCCAAUAUUUGUCGAGGCUCUUUAUGCUGCUCGGGCGGAACAGGCGGGCGAGGUUCAUGACAUCACCCAAGCCGUUUUGUCCUCUGGCUUGUGUGCCUUGCAACAAGCCAAUGCUGAUGCGAUUCGACACAUGUUCAUUAUUGCAGCCGGAUUCGCGUUGCUUGCAACUGUGCUGUACUGGUGGUUGGGCGACGUGAAGAAGAUCAUGGCCUAG